AUGUUCACUGAAUUAUCAUUAUUACGACCGAAGAGAUUGAGACGCGCAAAUUUUUCACGAGCUGACUUUCUAACAAAAAAUGAGAACGCUCUGAUCAAACCAGCCUUAUUCGAUUUCUGUUAUGAACUCCAAAGAAAACGGCGUAUUACACCACAUGAUAUCAAAGACUUGGUAAAAAAUUAUCACGCCGAUCGUGCUGUUGAAUGGUAUCAACGAGAAAAUUUUAUUUUUCAAUGUGUAAAUGAGGCUUUAAACACUGGAAACGUCGAGCACAUAUACUUACUACGCCAUUAUAUCACUGACUUGCAUGAACGAAUCUGUACGUCAAAACAUCAACGCACUGGAUUAAAUAGUUCAUUUCUGAAAACUGAAAUUAACGCAUCGAGAAGUAUUCUCUACCGAGUGAUAAGACUAUCGGAACGCGAACGAAAAACACUGGAAAGUCUUGUUGGUCAACUGGUUACUAAUAGAUCAUUUAUGUCAGCAAGUAGAAGCAAAGAUGUUGCACUCGAAUAUUCGUCCCAAAAGACUCAAACAACUGAAUCCAAUUUAUUACUCUUUGAAAUAAAUAUAGAUUUGAAUUCAACUGUAAUUCUCGAUACUGAUAUUACCACAUCAGAACAUGCACUUCUACUCGAUUUUGGUAUUCGAUUUCGAGUCACAAAAUGUGAAUUCGACACAAAGGACAAUGUAUGGGUUUGCGGACUCGAAACCGCAAUAGCAGAGCCAGCAUUUAUACAACAAUCUGCAUUGGUUUCAUUGAAUGAUUGUUUAUUAAAAUUAAAUUCCUAUGAGAAUGAUGAUACUCGUAUAAACACGACGAUAGAUGACAGGCGACCACAUUCGGCUAGGAUUAGCGAAAUAAAAUCUCUUUCAGAUAACACAAAUCGAGAACUACCAUUUACUAGUAGGCCCAUCGAAUGGGCUCAUGUUCUUCAGAUAAAAGCACUUGUUGAAUGGAAACAAAAGAAUCUUUUAAAACUUUCCAACGAAUGGAUUCAAGCUAUACAAAUCUAUGCGCAAUGUGAUACAAAAUAUCAUUAUGACGAUCUUCACAUCAUCUACUGCUUAAACAAUGUCGGUUAUAUUUAUCAUUUAUUCGGUAAAGAUUCACUGGCGAUUCAAUUAAUUAAGACUUCGUUGAUGAUAUGCCGUAGACAAUUACUCGCUGAGCAGCCAGUUUUUGCUCAAAGUUGUCGAAAUUUAGGCUAUAUAUUUGCAAAUUUAGGUGAUUAUAAGACGGCUCUCGACUAUCAUAAACGUGCCAUAAAAGUCACAAGACAAUCAUCUCCGUCAGCACAAUGGACUACGGUUCUAACGUUGCGCAACAUGGGAGAUAUAUGUCAUCGUUCAGGUAAUUUCCCUCAAGCACAUACAUAUUACAGAAAAGCAGCCGAUGCCUAUAAGAAAUGUAUGGAUAUUUUUAUUGCUAGUGGUUAUUUGGAAUUUGUAUGCUGA